AUCCCAAACCACACCUUCAAUCCUUUCUUGUUCUGCAAUACUAAUCAAACUCAUCAAUGGCAGCAACCGCGGUCCGUGUGUUCGGCAAACCAAUCACCCACGGAACUCGUACGCAACGGGCCCUAGCCGCUAAGAACUACCAGAACGCCGAUGGCAAGCUUGACCAGGUGUUGCGGGUGUCGAACCAGUCUCUGAAAGCGGCUGCAGGAGUGGGGAACGCGGCCACCGUCAGCACCACGUUUGGGAGGGUUUACAACGCCACGGGUGAAACCGUGACUUACGUGACUGCGUAUGAUUGGGAAGGAAAUGUUUCCGGGACGUAUCCGGUGAACAUUCAGAACGGGCAGUGGGCCGUUUUCGAGCAUGCUGGUACUCGUGGACCGAACCGCCAAGGAUCGGUUGGGGCUCUUGUGUACGGCAUUAAGGACACCUCUGAAUUCAUGAUCUCUUGGAACAACCCUUGGAAAAAUUCUCGAGGAAACAGCAACACUGCUUAUUGUGAGAUGAACGAUCCAGGAUACUUUGAGAACUGCGAUUGGGAUGAAAUCCUUGAAAAACUGAUGGCUUCUGGUACCGAAUCCCAAACAAGUUUGGAAGGUUAUUCUACCAAAGUCAGCAUCGAGGCUGGAGGCAAUACUCCUUCUGUCACUGCUUAUUUCUAUCUCGACGUCUAGAUGUCGACUCUCGAUGGAUCGCUCGAUCGAUGAUAAUAAGUUCCAGGAAUUAGAUGUAUGGUUGUAAUAAGAAUAAGCCAAGCUUAUUAGAGAUGAUAGGGUUGGCUAAAGUGAAUGUUAAGAUAAAUAAAACGUUGGUCUUGGUCU